AUGACAACCCUCAAAAAUGUAAUCGUCACAGGGGGGGCAGGGUAUAUAGGCUCGCAUGUUAUCUAUGUACUCCAGAAAACACGAAGAUAUAAAGUAAUAUCCAUCGAUAAUCACCACAACUCGCACCCCGCUGCCUUGGACCGUGUAUCCAAACUAUCCCAAAGCGAGUUGCCAGAUGAUGCAACCGAUGCCGAUAGAGAGAGCACAAAGAUCGAGUCCUACAAAUGCGAUCUAACUCAACCAGAACAAAUCAAGGCGGUCUUCGAAAAGUACGGGAAGGGCGGGAUUUGGGGUGUAAUUCACAUCGCUGCUUACAAGGCAGUCGGAGAAUCGACUCAAAUACCACUAACAUACUAUGCCAACAACGUCAGCGCCACUGUUUUUCUUUUGCAAGUGAUGGCAGACUACGAAUGCCAUCGCUUUGUCUAUUCCUCUUCCGCGACUGUUUAUGGAACACCCCCUGUCAUUCCAAUCCCUGAAUCAACGAAGCUACAAGCCGACAGCCCUUAUGGCAAGACCAAAGUGAUGUGUGAAACAAUCCUUGAUGAUCUGUGCCAUUCGGAUAAAAGCUGGAGGGCGAUCUCUUUGCGAUACUUCAACCCUGCAGGCGCUCAUCCUUCGGGACAAAUUGGCGAAGACCCCCGUGGAAGACCAGGAAAUCUUCUUCCUCUGUUAGCUCAGAUGGCUGUUGGACGCGUCAAAGACGCGACGUUGAAGGUCUUCGGCAACGAUUACCCAACCCCAGAUGGCACUUGUGUCCGCGAUUACCUUCACAUCAUGGAUCUCGCGUCUGGACACGUUCUAGCUCUGGAUGCUCUGGCACCUGAGUCUAAAGUAUUUGAUGCUAAUGCUGACGCGUUCUUCAAGGCGUACAAUCUCGGCAAAGGCAAAGGACUGAGUGUCUUGCAGAUUGUCGAUGCUAUGCGCAAAGCGACUGGAUUCGAUUAUAAAUAUGAGAUCAUUGGCCGAAGGCGUGGCGAUGUCCCUGACCUCACCGCCGACCCUACCCUGGCCGAGAAAGAACUUGGGUUCAAGGCGCCUGCGAAUCUAGAAACAAUGUGCCGUGACCUGUGGAACUGGCAAACGAAGAAUCGUCUUGGAUACGAUACCCAGUAA